AUGGUCACUGAUUCCUAUGGAUUCUAUUGGAGGAUUUCCAGAAAAAAUGGUUGUGAUUUCAUUUUAGCUGUUGUUGAUCGUUUUACUAAACGUGCUCAUUUUAUUCCUACAUCAAAAUCAAUUACUGCUCAAGGUUGUACUCAAUUAUUUGUUAAAGAAAUAUUUAGACUUCAUGGUUUACCAGAUGAAAUAAUACAUGAUAAUGACGUUAGAUUUGCUACUCAUUUUUGGCAGGAUUUCUUUAGAGAACUUAAAGUUGAAUUACAUUUUACUUCAGUCUAUCAUCCACAAUCUGAUGGUCAAACAAAGCGGACUAAUAGAACUUUAAUUCCAUUAUUACGUGCUUUUGUUAAGAAAAUUGAUCAAAAUUUGUUAUUGAAAUUACAUAUUGUUGAAUAG